AAGUUAAGGCGCUUGACACUUGUUAUGUUGACAUAUAAUAAGACUGAUGUCCAUCCAUCAACCUUUAUUCUCACUGGCAUUCCUGGCUUGGAGGCUGCCCAUAUCUGGAUCUCCAUCCCCUUUUUUAUGGCCUAUGUUUUGGCCUUAUUGGGAAACUUCUCUCUACUUUUUAUCAUCAAGACUGACUCCAGUCUCCAUGAACCCAUGUACCUUUUUCUCUGUAUGGUGGCUGUGGCUGACCUGAUUCUGUGUACAACAACAGUGCCUAAACUUCUCAGUCUUUUCUGGUUCCAAGAUGGAAAGAUUCAAGCUGAAGCUUGUCUCACUCAGGUGUUCCUGAUUCAUGCUUGUUCUACCAUGGAGUCUGGUUUCUUCCUGGCCAUGGCUUUUGAUCGUUAUAUAGCCAUCUGCAACCCACUAAGACACUCUGCUAUAUUGACAAACUCUGUAAUUAUGGGAAUGGGACUAGCAAUUGUAAUCCGGGGCACUCUCCUCCUCAUGCCUCACCCUUUUGUGCUUCGUUGGCUUCCCUACUGCAGAACCAAUAUCAUUUCCCACACCUACUGUGAAUUCAUGGCUCUCAUCAAGAUAGCCUGUGCAGAGACAAGAAUUCUCAGGGCCUAUAGUCUCAUUGUUGCCUUCCUUACAGGAGGAAUAGACUUCAUAUUGAUCAUUUAUUCUUAUGUUCUCAUACUACACACAGUCUUCCAAAUGCCAUCCAAAGAUGCCCGACUCAAAACUCUGGGCACCUGUGGUUCCCAUGUUUGUGUUAUAUUAGUGUCAUAUACUGCAGCCUUCUUCUCUUUUCUUACCCACAGGUUUGGGCACCAUGUGGCUCCCCAGCUUCACAUUUUUGUAGCUAAUAUCUAUAUUCUUCUCCCACCCAUGGUCAAUCCUAUUGUUUAUGGGGUAAAGACUAAGAAGAUACGGGAACGAUUCCUUAAAUUCUUCAUUUUUUCAAAGACUCUGAACUAG